UCCGAUUUGUCUGUGCAAAUCUAACAGAUACGGGGUGGGCUUUUCACGCAGCUUUCAAGUCACAGAGCGCUUACUCUUCGUCACCGAGAUUUUUCCGACAAAAAUAAUAAAAAUCCAAAAAAAAGCUUAUCGAAUUCCAUGGCUUCCCACAACCAUAUGGACGAUGAUGAUGAUUUCGGUGGUGAUUUUCCCGGAACUCACAAUUCCAGGCGUACAGGUAAUAAAAGAGGUUUUGGAGACCUUGAGGAUGAUGAAGACGACUUUUUUGGCUCCAAAAAGGGUAACACGAAACUUGAAGAAACUGCUCCUGGUGUAGCAACAGGAAUGAUUUUGUCUCUUCGUGAGAGUCUUCAAAACUGUAAAGAUACACUUGCAACCUGCCAAACAGAACUUGAAGCUGCAAAAUCUGAGAUUCAGAAAUGGUAUUCUUCAUUUCAGAAUGAAUCCUUCAUACCUGCUGGGACUAAUCCUGAACCUAAACUAGUGAUCAAUUACCUUCAGACCCUGAAAACCUCUGAAGAGUUAUUGCGAGAACAGUUAGAAAAAGCAAAAAAGAAGGAAGCUGCUUUCAUUGUAACAUUUGCAAAACGGGAGCAGGAAAUAGCAGAGCUUAAGUCUGCAGUUCGGGAUUUGAAAUCACAACUGAAGCCACCAUCAAUGCAGGCCAGAAGAUUGUUACUGGAUCCUGCAAUUCAUGAAGAGUUUACACGUUUAAAGAAUUUGGUUGAGGAAAAGGACAAAAAAGUGAAGGAGUUGCAAGAUAAUAUUGCUGCUGUCCAGUUUACACCACAAAGCAAAAUGGGGAAGAUGCUGAUGGCUAAGUGUAGAACCUUGCAAGAGGAAAAUGAGGAGAUUGGAAAUCAAGCCGCUGAGGGGAAGAUUCACGAAUUAGCUAUGAAACUUGCUUUGCAAAAGUCCCAAAAUGCAGAACUGAGAAGUCAAUAUGAAGGACUGCACAAACAUAUGGAUGCCCUAACAAAUGAUGUGGAAAGAUCAAAUGAAAUGGUGCUCAUCUUGCAAGAGAAGCUGGAAGAGAAGGAUCGUGAGCUGCAAAGAUUAAAGCAAGAGCAGCAGCAGAGAAAUUCAGUGGAGGAGGAAAAAACUGAUUCAGCCUCUAAUAGAAAGCUUAGCAAUGAAGUGACGCCCAGCGAGGCUGACAAUUAAUAAAAGACAAUUUUGUAGGAUAUUUUUUUUCUUGUGCUUUGGCCCCAUGUUAUUUGUACAUGUAUACAUUAAUUGUAUUCUUUCAGCAGACUAUUUUUUAAUC